AUGUCCAUCCUCUGCACGAUCAGCGGGCAGACGCCCGACGAACCCGUGGUGAGCAAAACGGGGUACAUCUUCGAAAAACGGCUCAUCGAAAAACACAUCCUGAAUUAUGGCAUAUGUCCAGUAAGUGGAGAGGUCCUAACGCUGCAGGAUCUGUACCCACUGAAAAAUGAGAAGGUGGUAAAGCCAAGGCCCAUUACGGCGAGUAGCAUUCCAGGGUUGCUAUCCAUCCUACAAACCGAGUGGGACUCUCUCAUCUCAGAGAUGUUUACCCUAAGAACCCACGUCAAUGACAUACGUAACCAACUGACCCAUAGUCUGUACCAGUACGAUGCUGCAACGAGGGUAAUUGCAAAAUUGUUGAAGGAGAAAAAUAACUACACAGAAGAAAUAAAAAAUUUAAGGAAGCAAAUUCUAAGCAUCCGUAGUGGCAAUGAUUUGAAUGAACUUGAAGUGGGGCUAAGUGAGGAACUACUAAAUGACAUGCAGGAGUUGGCAAAGAAUCUUCUAAUGACAAGGAAGAAGAGAAACAUAGAACAUGUUACCACGACUGACCAGUGGAAACAGGUGACAAAUACAAACGAGUUCGAUGUACACUCGGCUGCACUUCCGGGGGUUACGUGUCUUUCCCUAGACGUUAACAAAACGAGAUACAACUAUUAUGACGACCACAUGAAUCACAAUUUUUUCUCCGGGGGGAUGGAUGGAAAUGUGUAUUACGUCUCCCUUGAGGAGAGUAAAGUCUUGGCCAAAUUACAGGGGCACUUAAAAAAGGUCACUGCCAUUGCGGCGCAUCCGACUUACCCUGUAUGCAUAUCAGGGGCGAAUGAUAAGACGGUUCGCAUAUGGAAAGGAGAUAUAGACACCAAUGAGUUUACCACGUCGCAUGUUAUUACAAAACAUAAAGAUCAGAUAACCUCCUUGGCACUCCACCCGAUGGAAAAUUAUUUUGUGACUUCUUCUAAGGACAACGUGUGGAUCCUGCACGAUAUGGAAACGUCAAGGACGGUAAAAAUAUGUAAAACGAACCCAAGUCCAUUUAAACACCUAGCCAUUCACCCAGACGGAAUUAUGCUUGGCAUAGGGUCUGAGGAUUCAAACAUACACAUCUACGACAUAAAAAGUCAGGAAUAUAAAGCGUCUCUAAGUGGUCACACCAGUGACGUGCAGCACAUUUCUUUCAGUGAGAAUGGCUACUACUUGGCUUCCUGUUCGAAGGAUAAGACGGCUAAAUUAUGGGAUCUUAGAAAAGCGCAGUGUUUUCAAACGAUAGAUGUGGAAGAACAGCCAAAAAGUAUUGAGUUCGAUUUUUCUGGAAAGUACCUUUCGCUAGCUGCCGGGAAUGACGUACAUAUAUACAACUUCGAGACCAAGACGCAGGCCAAUCUUGUGAAGACUCUUUCGUCACACACAGAUACAGUCACGCAGACCUGCUUUGGCAGCAGGACGGCCUACCUCCUCUCCAGCUCGAUGGACAAAACGGUCAAAGUGUGGAAUUAA